AUGGCGGCGGCUGCUACCUGCCAGGCCGUGGCGGGCAUCGUGGGUGCACAGCCUGGCGCCGCGAACGUCCUGGCCGCGGCGCUCGGUGCGGCCGCGGGCGGCGCUACGCGCCAGGUCGCUGCAGCGAUGGUGUCGGCCGCGAUCCGCUCUUCUUACGUCGGCGCCGACGGCGUGCAGGAGGAGGUCGCUGCCAGGCUGGCCAUGGUGGUGCCAGCGCUCACCCAGCUGGUCAAGGCCGGGCCCACCGGGGACGCCGUGAUCAGCGGUGACAUGAGGGCCAUGCGCAAUUCUGGCCUACACGUCGACAUGGGCUGCGGUGCCGACGGCCUGCCGCAGACUGGCCGCGAGGCCAAGCGGAGGCAGCGCGGCGGCCGCAAAACCAAGGUGAGCGAGAAGGGUGAGAUGAAGGACAUCGAGUGCGCCCCAAACUGA